AUGUCGACAACCCAACGGAGUGAAAGUAUGAAUGCUUUUUUCGAUGGAUAUGUACAUUCAAAAACCACUUUGAAGCAAUUCGUUGAACAAUAUGAGAAUGCUUUGAAAAGUAAAGUAGAAAAGGAAUAUCAAGCUGACUAUGAAUCCUUUUGCAAGCAAGUGGGUUGUGUGACAUUCUACGAUAUGGAGAAACAAAUUCAAGCAAUUUACACAACAUCAAAGUUUAAGGAAUUUCAAAUAGAAGUAACAGGGAUGAUGUAUUGCCAAAUCAUUUCAAUUGAUGGUGAUGAGAUGAUUUCAGUAUAUGUUGUAGCCAGGGAUAUUGUUUAUAGGGAGAGAGGGAGAAAAAGAUUUGUAAAAGUACAUCAUAGGAGGAAAGAUGUACGGAGAUGUCAUACAAGGGUUAAAAUUAGUUAUGAUGGAUGGAUUACUACACCUGAACAAUUGCGAUACGAUAAUAUGAUCAGUGCUUUCACUAAAGUGGCUGACUUGGCUGCGGAUGAUGAAGAUCACUACAAGAAUGUCAUGAAUUGGAUCGAAGGUGCAAAUAAAAAUAUGUCAUUGCAAGUAACUCCCAUAGUUAUAAAUAAAAAUUUAUCAGUCACCAAUGAUCCUGUCAUCAAAAGAGGAAAAGGACGUUCCCCAUGUACUAGGAAGAAACCGAUAAUGAAAAGGAGAGGAAAAAAAAAAAUAACAAGACAAGAUGUCCACGACUUAAUGGAAGAUAAUGCUCCUUAUUUACCAAGUCAAGCAAUUGUCACAGCAACAUAUGGACAAUUAUCACAGCAGGGUCACAUAGGUUCUUCUAGUCAAGUACAAGAGGGUGAUUUUAUGUCUUUAAUUAGAACUAUAUCGCAGGAUGGUCAAACAUCAAGAGGGAGUGGUGAAUAUCAACUAGAUAUGGAUGGAUCUUCCCAAGAUUAA